AUGUCGAAUUCAGUGCGUCUUGUCAUCAGAAAAGUGCAGUAUGCUCCAGAGAAGCCGGGCCCACAGCCAAUGGCUGAAACCACAAGGCAGUUUCUCAUGUCAGACAAGCCUUUACACCUGGAGGCCUCACUUGACAAAGAGAUUUACUAUCAUGGUGAACCAAUCAGUGUCAACGUCCAUGUCACAAACAACACAAACAAGACAGUAAAAAAAAUCAAGAUUUCAGUGCGUCAAUAUGCUGAUAUCUGCCUCUUCAACACUGCCCAGUACAAGUGUCCAGUGGCGACAGAGGAAUCAGAUGAUAUCGUGGCCCCCAGUGCGACAUUUUGUAAAGUAUACACUCUCACGCCUUACCUCGCGAAUAACCGAGAGAAACGUGGCUUGGCUCUGGAUGGCAAACUCAAACAUGAAGACACAAAUUUAGCCUCAAGUACAUUGUUAAGAGAGGGGGCCAAUAAGGAAAUUCUGGGCAUCAUUGUUUCUUAUAAGGUGAAAGUGAAGCUGGUGGUGUCUCGCGGAGGGCUGCUUGGAGAUCUUGCCUCAAGCGAUGUUGCCGUUGAGCUCCCCUUUACAUUAAUGCAUCCCAAACCAUUGGAGGAAUCGAUUUACAGAGAUGCUCCAGAAAAUGAUGCCCCCAUUGACACCAACCUCAUUGAAUUUGACACAAAUGACGAUGACAUCAUCUUUGAGGACUUUGCUCGACAACGACUGAUUGGGGCAAAAGAUGACAAAGAUGAAGAUGAGGAGGGUGCCUAUUCGCCCAAACUGAAUGACAGAUAGAUUGCAGAUAAGAGUUUCCUUGUUGUGACAAUAAAAGAGACCCUUUUGAGAUAACCUGGAAAAUGGGACACCCUUUAACACACUCACAGUGGUGCAGUUGUUGUGUUCUUGUUCACAUUUGUCUCUUCCAUCCUGCAAGGGUGUACAGUAAAACGUAAGUGUAGAAAAUGUGACCUUGUCGUUGAAGCGAUUAGAAGGUGAGAUUUUAGUUGAUAGGCCGGCCACUGAGUGCCUCGGAUAUUUGAGGGUCAUUUAGGGUUGAGGCAAUGGCUUCUCAUCAUAGCUAAAUCAAACGUCAGUGGUAGCAUGCCUUUUGUUGUUGCUUUGUUUUAUAGAUUCUUCCUUUGAUUAGAACAGAGGAAGAGUUUAAGGACCGUGACUUAGUAUUGAACCAUAUUUAAUGUAUGGAAUUUGUUGUUUUAAUUACUGUAAAAGGAACUGAAUUUAGUAUUUUUAUUAUAAAAGCUGCCAAAUUGAAUCAUCUUUAUAAUGUCUCAUGUCUCAACUGAGAGCAUCUGAAUCAGUCAUUGCAGAGUGAAAGUAUUUUUUUUUUUCACUUUUCGAAAGAAAUUAUAUCUCAAAGUUAUCUUACCUAACAAAAGUUAUGAAUACACUACUGAUAAAAAGACUAUAUGACAUAAUGCAACAACCAUUUAUGACAUUUUUUUUCUCUCGCAACAAUCUUCAACUAUUUCUAAAAGUGG